CAAACGCCAAAUUCGACCAGUUUACCGUCGACAAAACCGCCCCUAACCACGAAGUACGCGAGUACGACGGUGCCGGUGGAGGGAACUUAUGCAAUGCAAAAGCAUCGUACUAGUAUAAAUCGCAAUACAAAUUUUAUCAGGAGGAAAAAUGGUGUUUGUAAUGCUGAUUUGGCUAAGAAACAAGAUUUGUCAUGGAUAAAUGCAACUGCUACGAGUGCGAUACUUUUGCACUGGAUAGAACUACAGCGCCUUUCCGAUCGAGCACGGGCACGUUCUCGUCGAGCCAAUCACAAACUAUCACGCUGACGCCCAAUUCGACGAGCUUGCCGUCGACAAAACUUCCGGUGACGACAAAACAUUCGAGCACCAGCACGGGAAGUAGUCCCAC